AUGGCCGGGCGGAAGCGGCAGCGGAACCCCGCGUCGUACCUCAGCGACGACCUCUUGAUCGAGAUCCUCGUGCGGCUGCCGCCGAGGCCGCUGGGCCGCUUCAAGUGUGUCUCCCGGUCAUGGCGCGAUCUCAUCUCCGGCCCUGUCCACCGCCGGAGGCUUGCGCACACUGACGCCGCGUCGGGCUUCUUCUACCAUGUCCACGGCGAUGGCUACCGGGCGCCGGUGACGACGGACUUGAACUUCACCGCCCUAUGCCCUCCCGAUGGAGGCGGAGGCUCGCCGCCUGCGUUCCUCGAUCAAGCCUUCCCGUUCCUGCCUUCUUCGAGCACGAGGACCCGGACGGAGCUGCUGGACUCGUGCAACGGGCUCCUCCUCCUACGCUGCCACCGCCCCUCCGGCGACGAGCUGGCCGCUCCGCACUACAUCGUCUGCAACCCCGCCACCCAGGGCUGGGCGGUCGAGCUGCCCGUGCCCUUGCCGGAGCCGAGUCGUGCCCGAAACCCGUUUGAGCUCGGAUCAGAGAUUAGUCGGCGUCGCCGGGAACGUCAACAGAGGAGAGAGAGCACCCGCCCUGCCGCUCUGGCCUUCGACCCGGCCGUCUCCCCGCACUUCCACGUCUUCGAGCUGGUGGAGGACGACGGGCGGCCCAGCUCUCGGUACGGCGGCGCCGCCGUCAAGGCGGUGCGGAUCUACUCGUCCGAGACCGGCGAGUGGGUUCUCAGGAACAGCGAGUGGAGCUACCGCAUCGCUUACGCCGGCGAGAACGCCUACUUCAACGGCGGCGAGUGGAGCUACCGCCUCGCUUACGCCGGCAAGCACGCCUACCUCAACGGCUCCCUGCACCUCACCACCACCGACACCGAGAAAGGCAUGGUGGUGGUCGCGUCGGUGGACACCAAGGGCCAGACGUGGAGGGCCACCCGCGUGUGCCCGGAGCCCCCGGCAACACUCGGCGCCCCCGGCGUCACCGGCCAGUCGCAGCGCCGCCUGCUCUACGUGGACGCCAGCUCGGCGGCCUACGCUCGUGACCUGUCGGUCUACGCUCUCGAGGACUGCGGCGGCGGCGGCGGCGCCGAGAGGUGGAUCCUGAAGCACCGUGCCAGGUCGCUGGAUCCGUCUGGGGGGCAGAGCGUGGUUGCGAUCCAUCCGGGUUGCAAUGUGAUUUUCCUCUUUGAUAGCCGACGGCGGAGCCUGAUUGCCUACGAUAUGGAUCAUGGGACUACACGUGUUGUCCACAGUUUCACGGAUGCAACGAGCAACUACCACUUUUUCCCGUACGUACCAUUGUACUUGCAAUAA